CCUCUCUGAAGGCCAAAGGAGCCCGAAGACUCGAACCACAUCCGCUUCUUCUCCUUCUCCCUGAUCGAGGGCUACAUCUCUCUGGUCAUGGACGAGCAGACCACUCAAAGGUUUCCAAACAAUGUCCUCUUCACCAGUGCUUCUGGGGAGCUCUGGAAAAUGGUGCGCAUCGGGGGGCAACCUUUAGGAUUCGAUGAGUGCGGCAUCGUGGCUCAAAUAUCUGAACCUCUGGCAACGGCUGACAUUCCUGCUUACUACAUAAGUACCUUCAAGUUCGACCACGCCCUGGUUCCUGAAGAGAACAUCCAGAGUGUGAUUGGAGCUCUGCGGACCAAGAGCACGGCACAGUGAAGGAAAACAGUGGAAGUUUAAAAAAAAAAAUAAAAAAAAAAAAUGAUUUCAAGUCAUUUCGUUCAAACGUUUAUCCAUAAAGUGCCCGGAGCUAAUCUGCUGUGGAUCGGCUCCGAAAAGGAAGGAACCGGAAGCACGGGAAGGUGUUAGAGAUGACUUUUGGUACUCGGCCAUUUUCUUUAAACCCCCUCCUCCUGGCACAGGAAACACUCCCUUUAGUUUACCAGACUGAACAUUUCUCUCUCUCUGAAGCUGCUUCUUCAUGAGCGCCAUACUGUAUUAGUUACUCUCGUGGAAAAAUGACGAAUAAUGUACUCUCAAAAAAAGCAAAAGGAAUAUUUGAUCUUCUAUCAAAGCUCUCAAUAUUUCUAAGGUCAUCUCUCAGUGCCAUGAUGUUUGAAUGCCUAAACAGAUGCCUUUGUCAGAAUAUUUUACAUGUGUGCAAUUGUAGGAGACAUUUUUCUGACCGAUGACACAGCGCUUGGUUUAGAAAUACGGUGUGUUUUGUUGCUUUUAGUAGCUUUUAAUUACAGCGAAGAUCUUAAUGAUGGAGUCCCUUGUUUAAAUUUAAAUUCUGGGUUUGCUGGAGCAUGAAGUGAGUCCAAGGCCUUGAUGAGGAAAUUAUAAUUUAAGCAUUUUUUUAAUGUGCAGUCACACUGUGAGCAACCUGGUUGAUGUGUCACUCAAAAUUAGCAGAUUGUAUCCCCGUAUUUAAAUAAAAAACACAACUUUUUAUAUAUUAUUUGGCUUGAAAGCACAAUGUAUGAGGCAUUAAUGACUUCAGAGUCGGUUGUGUUUAUUACACUUUUAUUUAAAAAGGUGAACAUUUAAUUCACAGAGAAAUUAAACGGCUUUUGAGUUGAAAAACUAAAGAAGCAAUUUUUCGCUUUUUUAGAGACAUUGAAAGUCUACAGAAAAGGAACCUGAUGUUUACUUGACUUUUCUGGUUUAAUUUGCAGUAUUUAAUUAAAUGUUUUCAAAUAUAUAGGCCCAAUUCCCUCAAAUUCAAGGACCCAACACUUUAUGUUGACACGGAUUACUUAAUUAAUAAUACAUUUUAUAAUGUGAAGGAAGGAGAUGGCUUUCCAGAAGUUCACUGAUAACAGUUCAAAAGAGAGACCCUUGAAUGUUUGACCCCUUCUCUAUAGGGCUGGAAAAACCACUUCAAUUUCUAUUAUUGCAUAAAAUAUAUAAAUUCAAGCACUUUCAAUAACCUAAAUCUAUUUGUCUACCUUCAAAAACAUUUUCUCAAAUUCUUUCAUAGUUUUCAAGACGAUUUAAUGAUUUCAAGAUACUCUUCCUGGUAUAGACACCUCUCGUAUGGUGUUGCUCACGGUGUGACCCCGCGGUGAUAUAAAGUGCAAUGAUACAAAAUGUGUUGCAUCUACAGUAGUGAUAAUUUACUGAGCCACUUUUUUACUAGAAUAACGACAUAAGCUAUUGAAGGAGCCCUGGUUUCCAUGUUGGCGUCUCAUCGUUUUUCCAACCCACUUUAUACUCAACUACGCCCACUUCUGCAAGACGAAAGCGUUUUCAUCCAACGAAAUAUGAACAUGACAGCUAGUAUCUUUUUCAAAGUAGAUUGAUGGAAAUAGCGAUUUUUAAGUAUGAAAGAAGAGUAAAUGUUAAUUAAUCCUUUAAUACUAAUUGACAAUGGAUACCUCAGUCAUGUUAAAAUGCCAUCUUUUCCUUUCUUUUAUUGUUAUUUUAUGUUUUAAUUACUUCUUUAUUUUUCUUUUAUUUCAUUCAUUUUUUAUAUUACAUCACAUCACAUGUCACUUGUUCCUCCCUAUUUUAUUUUUUACAUUUUUCUUACGUUCUCUUCAUACAUCCAUUGCUCAGUCGCGCAGAAGUGGGCGUAGUUCAAUCUACACUGGUUGGAAAAAUGAUGGAUGUGUCCAAUGUUGGCGAUGAAGCUGCCCCCACGACCCCCCCCCCCUGCCCCCAGUCUGCACUUUAAUGCAGGCCGAUGAACACAGGCCUGCUGUACUGAUGUGAAAAAACAGGGGAGGGCUAUUUACUGUAAGGAAAGACCCUGUUCUGAUUUCUGUUGGUCUUAAGCAUUUAGUGAUAAUGUUUUUAUUUCCUUUUAUUUCACACAACCUUGCACCUAACAACAAACCUUUCUUCUGCUCAUAUUCGUUUAGCAGAACCUCUGUAUUUAUCAGUGUUAAAAACAGGAAGAAGGGGACAUUUCUUCUGAUUACAUUUGAAAGUUUAAAAGCGUUUCAUUUUGGAGCUUCUUGUGUGAAAAACUUAAAAAUAAACAAGCUUUUUUUUUUCUUUUUGGAGA